UGCCUUAGUAGUAGGAUGCUGGGUUUGUUGCGGUGUUCCCUCUAUCGUCUGUCUUGAUCCCGACAAUGUUAAAGUUUAUAGAAUUUAAUUGAAGCUUGACCAAUAUGUGAGGUUAGGGUAUAGGAUACAGAUAUUUUUGCUGGCUGCUAUGUCUACUGUCAACAAUCGUAGGUGCAUCAUACAUAUUGCAAAGUCGGCUUUAAGAUGAUAUGUCUCAAUGUCAGAUAAAAAAUCAUACAUUUUAAAAAUCAAUGCUGAAAAGAUGGUUACAAGUUUUAAUUCGCAUUUAGUUCCAAUUUAUGCAGUUUUAUCUGCUGCUUAGUCUUCCUUAAUCAUAGUUAGAUUUCAGUUUUGCAAAAUUGUUAGAAUGCAUGAAUGACUCAAGUCUAAACUAGAGGCUCGUCACGGCAAGCUGGAUACGUAGUGGUUGCUCUCAGGAUCGUUAUAACGUCCAAUGCUUUUUUUUAGUUCUCGUAGCAAGUUUGCCAUUGGUGGAUUAAACUUGAACGAAAAUUGUGAUUGGCUCAGGAAAUUACCCAGAUAUUCUUUGAUGCUGGCGUGAACGCAGUCAGUUGAUCGUUAAAAACAGAACCCCCCACAGCCUCGUUGCCGUUUCUACACCAUCGCAUUUUUCAAGUGCUUAGUGCUCCUUGAACCAUUCAGAUUUAAAACUUCGCCGCUCCGCAUUUCGUAAACAAAAAAAAUCCUCAAUGGAGCUAAAACGCUUCAGCAACCGCUGCCCAUGCAGACUAUUGCUCUGGCUGUGCCUGCUCUGUGUUGUCUCCACCAUCGUGGUCGUGACGCUAGUGAAAUCACCUACAGACACUAUGGUGUCGGUUCAAGCAUUGCUGCCUGCACUUCAAGCUAAUGCCUUGCGCUCACUCGACUGCCCCCCGCCCCUGACGAGCGAUCAGAUCGCGUUCGACAUCACAGACGUGAUGAGCGGAAGGGCCACACUCAAGCAAGACGACCCAAAGCUCAUUGAGAGGAUACGUUCCCAGUACCUGGACCCUCCGUCGCUGCAUCCCUACAGGCUCACGGUCGGGGACGAUCCUUCGCAAGGGCAGUCUGCUGCCGUCAGGGAGAUCAUGGGCAACUUCCGUGACGGUUUCUUCGUCGAGUGCGGAGCUCUGGACGGCGAGACGCGCUCCAACUCGCUUGUCUUCGAGAAGACCCUGGGCUGGCGAGGCCUCCUGGUCGAAGGCGACCCUAAGAAUUAUGAUUUGAUUCUCAAGAAGAACAGGAAGGCCUGGACGACUAAUGCUUGUCUCAGUACAAAGCCUUAUCCGCAUUCCGUAAUGUUUCAGCAGCAAUUCAACCUCGGCAAGAUAAGCAGCGAUGACGUGGACUCGCCAUCAAAAAAGGCUGGUGAGACUGAAGUUCAAUGCCUGCCCAUCUACUCCCUGCUGGUGGCGCUGAACGUGACCACCGUGCACUACUUCAGCUUGGACGUCGAGGGCGUCGAGCUGGAGGUCCUCAAGACCAUCCCCUGGGACAAAGUUGAUAUCAAGACACUCUCUGUGGAGUUCGUACAUGGCGUCUGGUCCAAACCUGAUCUGAAGCGCUAUAUGGAACAACAAGGAUAUUGGACGUACAAAGAAGUCUCGCAAUCUAAUGGCUGGGCUAACGAUUUUAUUUUUGUGAAAAACGACUUCAAAAAGCGAGAAGACGUACUUAGGGAUGCUCUUACCCAAACCAAGUCUUUGCAUUGACCUCCCUGGAAUGACUGAGUCUUGCGGAAGCUGGGACGCAGCAUCUAGUUUUACCAAAGACCUGUUAAAACCUGAAUCAUUUCAGUAUUUAGU